AGACUUGCAGAGGCAUAAACAUAGCUCUUCACUUUAAUUCCUGGUCUUUUCUCUUGUUAAGCUCUGUGGAAAGAUUCAGGAUAGUGCUUUAUUCAGCAUGUUUUUCUAUGAAAUAGCGUCCAUCUGUGGGAAAGAGAAGGACUGAGUACAUCCGACAUCUUUUAAUAACUGGGACAAAAUAUGGAAAUGUCACUGUUUUUUUUCUCUCAAUUAAAUAUGUGUGAAUCAAAAGAGAAAGCAUUUUUCAAACUAAUGCAUGGGCCAGGAAAAGAAGAAACAAGCACGGAGGCCAAAAUCAGAGCUAAAGAGAAAAGGAAUAGACUAAGUCUUCUCCUACAGAGGCCUGACUUCCACGGAGAGACUCACGCCAGUAGAUCUGCCCUCUUGGCCAAAGAAACAAGAGUCUCCCCUGAAGAAGCAGUGAAAUGGGCUGAAUCAUUUGACAAACUGCUUUCUCAUAGAGAUGGAGUGGAUGCUUUUACAAGAUUUCUUAAAACUGAAUUCAGUGAGGAAAACAUUGAAUUUUGGAUCGCCUGUGAAGAUUUCAAGAAAUGCAAGGAACCUCAACAAAUCAUCCUAAAAUCAAAGGCAAUAUAUGAGAAAUUCAUUCAGAAUGAUGCCCCCAAAGAGGUUAACCUUGAUUUUCAUACUAAAGAAGUAAUUGCUAAAAGCAUUACCCAGCCCACUCUCCACAGUUUUGAUGCUGCACAAAGCAGAGUGUAUCAGCUCAUGGAACACGACAGUUAUAAACGCUUUCUGAAAUCCGAGAUCUACUUACAUUUGAUAGAAGGAAGACCUCAGAGGCCAACAAAUCUUAGGAGACGAUCACGAUCCUUUACCUACAAUGACUUCCAAGACAUAAAAUCAGAUGUUGCCAUUUGGUUAUGAGUAAAAGUCAUUUUUCUUCUUUUGAUGGUACUUGUGUACAUCUGCUUCUAAAAUAUAGCUUGUGUAUAGUGAGAAAUGAUUUCACUUUUAAAAUACACCAGACAAAAGUAUUUUUAAAUGUAAGAACUUUUAUAUUAUACUAAAAUAAGUGAUCAUCUAUCUUCCAAAAUAUUUUAUGAAAAUCUGAUAUUCUAUUCAUAAUAAAAAUUUUUAUUUCUGCAAUAACAGUCAUUAAGAAGAAGCUUUGUAAAUUGUUAAAGUAAAAUGAAAACUUUUCAGCAAUCUCAUGUCUAGUUAGGAUUAUAACUCUAAGCACAAACAAUGUAUUUAGAUAACUGUAUAUACAGAUGAUAUUUUAUAAGAUGAUAGAUUGGAGCAUAUAAAGCUGACCCAUGUUUAUAGUGGGGAAGGAUGGAUAUUUGUUGUUGCAUACUAAUUUUGACUCCAGAUUAGCUGUUUACCAUUUCUACCUUUAAGCCAACAAAAAGAAAUAUUAUAAAGACGCAGUUCUCUCUACAUAAUAAACGGGUUAACCUUAACCCAGGUCGGUGUCUGAGACGUCAUGCUGCAGUCGUAUGUACCCUGAUGAGCAUUUGCCAGAGGAGCCACAUUCUUGCUCACAAGAGUGUGCUCAUUUUACACACCUCCACAUGGAGUAGACCACCUUUUCUCCCAGUAAAUGAAUGAGCCACUGAAAUAACACCAACCAGUGAUUGAAUGAUGAAGAUGGCAUACUUUCACACAAGCAUUUAGGUCUCACCUCUGGAAUUUUAAAGUUGGUGUAGAAGUUUAAACUGAGAGGUGGUGAAAAACUAAAUCCACAAAUUUAACAACUUUGACAUCAGCCAACCCUGUUCUUUAAUUAUGUUCUUUCAAUUCUUGUCUAAUACUAUAUUAUACAGUAAGAUUAUACUAAUAAAUAUACAUCUCUAUAUUACA